AUGCCUUUGACUCCAGAUUCAGAGCUGGAUCUUCAGUUCCCGUCCGAACAGAUACCAGACGAGGCAAGAGAGCACCUCCCUCCGGACUUCCAUCUCCGGCCCCUUGCGUCGACAGAUUACCGGCGUGGUCACCUCUCUGUCCUUUCUGUUCUAGCACCUGUUACCGACCCUGGCGAAGCCGCCUGGGUCGCGCAGUUCAACACCAAUCGCGCGAUAGCUACCACCUACUACUUCGUUGUGAUUGUACACAAGCCUUCCGACCGGAUUGUCGCUACUGCCACGCUGUUCAUCGAGCGCAAAUUUAUACAUGGCCUCGGAAGUGUUGCCCAUGGCGAGGAUGUCGCUGUUGACAAGUCCCAGCAGGGAAAGAGUUUUGGCUCGCACUUGAACAAGGCGCUCAUAGGUAUCAGCGAAUAUAAUGGCUGCUAUAAGGCCAUUUUGAAUUGCACUGACAGCAAUAUGCCAUUUUAUGAGAAGUCCGGAUUCAAGCGGGAGGGAAAUCAGAUGGUGAAAUACAUGGCGGCUCAUCCUCACUCGUCACGGUUGUAA